AAAAAUUAAAUCAAAAUGAUAAAUUAAUUUACAUGCACACAAAAUUCGAAAUCGGCCUAACCAAAUAUACGCAAUAAUACUGCUACAUUGACUUUUUACGCAAUUAAAUAUGUGAUUUUCAUCAUUUAUAUAUUGUAUUAUAAAUAACUAAAAAUUAUGAAAACAUUAAAAAACAGAGGUAUUAUAGUUUUCUCAUGGAGCAACUGAGCCAGGUUCAAAUUUCACCGAUCUAAAAAACGAAGGUAUUAUCAUGUACUUUCUUCGUUCAAUAGACUAUUAUAUUGACUUUUUACACAAUUAAAUAUGUAAUUUAAUCAUGUAUAUAUCGCAUUAUAAAUAACUAAAAAUUACGAAACAUUAAAAAACGGAGGUAUUAUAGUUUUCUCAUGGAGCAACAGAGCCGGGGUUCAAAUUUCGCCGGUCUAAAAAAAAAGAAUGAGGACAAUAUGGUCAUUUGAAGACGCCUUUUAAAUUGGCUCCACUUCCGCACGCCUCUUUUCAAUUCAAAUUUUCAAACACAAAAACCCCAAACCUUACCGUUAGUACCAGAUCUUACUCUUCCUUUAUCUUCUUCACCAUACACUUAUCUGCCAUUUUCACUUUCUUGAAGCUCAAUUUUCGAACCCUAAUCCUCCGUUUUUUCUUUUUCAAGGGUUUAACUUUAUCAUACAAGUUGUGUAUAUUUGUUUAAUAUUCUCCGAUGUUCAAAACACCGUCAUUCUUUUCCGAAACACCGAGUUCGUUGAAAACUCGGACGGUUUACCAUGACCCGUCCGAGUCAGUUCGGGCUGGGACUCCAAGUAUGGCAAGAUCGAUUUCGCGAGAUAACUUGUUGAUGUCGUCUACAGUUAAGAAUUUUAAUGAACGAGAAGAGUUUCGUGAUUCUGCAAACAAUAAUGCAUUAGUUGUUCGAAGCUUUGAUUUGUCUGAAGAUCCUUCAUUUUGGAAGGAUCAUAAUGUUCAGGUUAUCAUCAGACUCCGACCUCUUAAUAGUUCUGAAUUAUCACUACAUGGACACAAUCGGUGUGUCAGGCAAGAAAGUUCACAGACUAUCACAUGGACUGGUCACCCUGAAUCACGCUUUACGUUUGAUGUUGUUGCAGAUGAAACUGUCACACAGGAAAAACUUUUUAAAGUGGCUGGAGUACCUAUGGUGGAAAACUGUGUUGCAGGGUACAAUAGCUGCAUGUUUGCUUAUGGACAAACUGGAAGUGGAAAAACACACACAAUGUUGGGAGAUAUUGAAGGUGGGACUCGACGACAUAGUGUAAAUUGUGGGAUGACACCUAGAGUUUUUGAGUACCUUUUUUCCAGGAUCCAAAAGGAAAAGGAGGCUCGAAGAGAAGAAAAGCUUCGAUUCACUUGUAAAUGUUCAUUCUUGGAGAUCUACAACGAACAGAUACUUGAUCUUUUGAAUCCAUCCUCUGUCAACUUACAGAUUAGGGAAGACUUGAAGAAAGGUAUACAUGUGGAAAACAUAACAGAGCUAGAGGUUACAAGUGCUCGAGAAGUUAUGCAACAACUUCUUCAGGGUGCUGCAAACAGAAAGGUGGCUGCCACCAACAUGAAUCGUGCUAGUAGUCGUUCCCAUAGUGUAUUUACCUGUGUUAUUGAGAGUACUUGGGAAUCACAAGGCGUAACACAUCAUCGCUUCGCUCGACUUAAUCUUGUAGAUUUAGCUGGCUCUGAAAGACAAAAAAGUUCUGGUGCAGAAGGUGAUCGGCUUAAAGAAGCCACUAACAUCAACAAAUCGCUCUCUACAUUAGGACUUGUGAUAAUGAACCUCGUAAGCAUAUCAAAUGGAAAAUCACAUCAUGUACCAUAUCGAGAUUCGAAAUUAACCUUUUUACUUCAGGACUCACUUGGAGGGAAUUCAAAAACCAUUAUAAUUGCUAAUAUUAGUCCGUCUAACUGCUGCUCGCUGGAGACUCUAAGCACCCUGAAGUUUGCUCAGCGUGCUAAAUUUCUAAAGAACAAUGCAAUUGUAAAUGAAGAUGCUUCGGGGGAUGUCCUUGCCAUGAGAAUGCAGAUUCAGCACCUGAAGAAAGAAGUGUCCCAUUUGCGUUCUUUACUCAAUGGAGGAGCUGUAAAUCAAGACAACGCCAUGACUUCAAGUUUGCUAGGAUCACCUGGAGCUUUCAAUUGGGAAGGGCUCAAUGGUACAUUUAGUCCCCUGACCUCUAAUAAAAGGCUGUCCCAGAAGAAAGAAAUUGAGGUUGCUCUUGUUGGAGCAUUUAGGAGAGAAAAAGACAAAGACAUAGCCUUGCAGGCUCUUACUGCUGAAAGUCAGGCAGCUAUGCAGCUGGCAAAACAAAGACAUGAUGAAAUACAAGGCCUGAAAAUGAGGCUUAGGUUCAGAGAAGCAGGAAUAAAGAGGUUAGAAGCUGUUGCUAGUGGAAAGAUCUCUGCAGAGGCCCAUUUGCUGAAGGAUAAAGAGGAGCUUCAAAAAGAAAUUGAGGUCUUGCGAGCUCAAGUUGAUAGGAAUCAGGAGGUGACAAGAUUUGCAAUGGAAAAUUUGCGUUUGAAAGAAGAAAUUAGAAGAUUGAAAUCUUUCUGUGAGGAAGGUGAAAGAGAGAGAAUGAAUGAACAGAUAGUUACAUUGCAGAACAAGUUACUUGAUGCACUGGAUUGGAAGCUUAUGCAUGAAUCGGAAACAAAUGUCCAGAAAGGGAGUCCUGGUUUGCUAACUGACGGUCGUAGUGAUAUGGACCAUCUCAACUUCAACAAGGAAUCUACAUCAACUUGGCAAUCGUCCAUCAACGAGGAGAAUGAAUUUCUUCGCGUUCAGGCCAUACAAAACCAGGCAGAAAUAGAUUCCCUGCGGAAAAAGCUUAACUGUGAUGUGGAGGAGAAAGGAAAGAUGCAAAGGCACAUCAAGGAUUUAGAAGCACAGUUGGAGCAAGUAAGAUCUUCAAAAGACACUGAACAAGAAAACCACAAAGUGCAAGUUGAUGCUUUGACUACAAACGACGUCAACAGUGAUGACCAGCAGGAGCUCAAAGCUAUGGUUGAUGUCAUUGCAGCAGCAAGUCAAAGAGAAGCUGAAGCACAUGAAAUGGCAAUUACUCUUGCUAAAGAAAAUGAUGAAUUACGAACGAAGAUCAAGGUUUUACUUGAGGACAAUAGUAAGUUGAUAGAUCUGUACGAAAGGGCUGCUGCAGAGACCAACAAAGUCAACAAUAAAGAUCCAGAAGGUGAAGCGAAGUAUGAACAAGUUAUUGAGUCAGAUCCUAUUUCUCAUAAAGAUGCUGACGUGAAUAGACUCGAGGAUCUAGAGCAUCAACUUGCAGAAAUGAACGAGGAAAAUGAGAAACUGAUGAGUUUGUAUGAGAAAGCAAUGCAGGAGAAAGAUGACUUGAAAAGAAUGCUUUCCUCUGCGAUGAAAAAUCAUUGUUUGGAGAGAGAAGAAGCUGAGUUCCCUGAAAAGCUUGUUGAGGUUGACGGAGUAGAUUGUCCGAAAUCUUUUGAAGAUUUCCAUACUGACAUUGAUAGAAGCACCAGCAUGGAGCUGGACCAGCAAUUAUUGUCCGAUGAAACAGAAGCCUUAGAGGAAGGUGACCUUUCCAAAUGGAACAUGCAGAAUGCAUCUGGCCGAAUCAUUCCCACGUCAGUUACAGCUGAAGUUCACACGAGUUCAGAUGAGCUCCUGCAAUUUCAAGCAUCCAAUUCGGCCACAAAGAUGGUUGACAACCCUCUUGAGUGCACUACAAGUAUGAUGGUUGAGGAAAAACAUGAGUUCAGUAAUAAUGAUGCUUCCGGACAUUUAUUUGGUGAUUUUCAGGAUUCUGGAACAAUGACUGAGGAGGAUCUUGUUCUUAUCAGGAAGGAACUUGAAUUGGCCCAAGAACGGCUGUCAAGUUCUUCAAAUACUGUUGAUGAAAUUGGAAAUGUUGAGUUAGCAGUCCUUAAGGUAGAUGCACUGUCAAGAGAAAUUGAUGCAGCUAAGGGUCUUGUGCAGUUCAAGCAACAAGAGAUUGAAUUUCUUAAUCCUCUUCUGUCACAAGCGCAGGCUGCAAGUGUACUUGUUAAUAAAAAGCUUGCAGCACUUAAAAUAUCUCUGUCAAGCAUUUCUUCAUCUAUUGCUUACUUUGAAAAACGAGAAGAUCGGGCAAGGGCAAGGGUGGAUGCUGCAAAGUCAUCCUUGGAACAACAGAAGGAAAAUGUAGCCAUUCUUCAGGGACAGAGUGAUGAAAUUAACACGAAAAGAAGAGAGAUCCAAGAGACGGAAGUGGAGAUGAGGAACAAUCUGUGGCGCUUCAAAGCAAAACUUGAGGAGGAAAAUCAAAGACAAGAAAAUCAAAGGGUUCUUUUUGCCAUAGAUAACAUCGAGAAGAGUGAAGCUCCUGCACUGAUAUGCAGCAAGGCUACUGAUUUGCUCAAGUCCGAGGAAGAAAAAACCAAACUUCAGAACGAGAUCAAGCAAUCCCAAGAAAAGCUGAGUGUCAUAAAGAAGCAGGUUAUGGAUUUGAACAAGAAGGGUCAAAAGCUAGAUAGUGAAAUCCAUGUAAGAAGUUCAGAGAUGCAAAAGGCUCUACAAUUGGUGGGGGAAUUGGAGCUUGCCCUUGGAAAUGUCUCUAAUGAAAAGGAGGUUCUCAAUGAGAUGAAACAGAAUGGAAAGAGACGGAUCGAUGAUUUGAUAGUUGAAUACCAGCAGUGUAUCUUCCAAGAGUAUUUAAGAGAAGACGAGCUCAAUACACUCGAAGAAGAUAUGCACAUGUUGUCCAUAAAAUUGGAUAUAUUAGAAAGCGAAAGAGAAGCUGCAGUAAAGAGGGCAAUCCAACUCUUACUCGGAGAGAAAUGCCAAACAGUUCUUCCAUCAGAAAAACUGCGAGAAGAGCUUGAGAAUGUUCGGAAAUCAAUUGUGGAAGCCAAUUCAUUACUCGUAGCAGAAAAUUCGACUGAUUGUCAAGUUGUUUUGUCUUUCAGUCCUGACAGAAUUCUAACUCAUCAGAAAACUGAAUUCUAGAAUGCUUGAUUUAUAUGCACUAUUAAUAAUCUCAGAGUAAUGUUGUACUGUUUUGUCAUUCAGAAAGUAAAUGGCAUAUUAAGGUAAUUUGUUUUUAGAUUUACUCAUUAAAAGCAUGUAUAAAGUAGUAAUGUUUUGGGUUCCGACUGAAAAAUGUUGGGUCGAGUUUUGUGUUUACAAGGUUGUUGAAUCGUGCAAAGCCAAAUAAAUAACUAUG